GCCUGGCCCGUUUGUUACGUACUUCCUUUACCUGACGCAAGCGCCCGGCGAGGCUGUUGCACGCUUUUUAGUUGCAAAACUGGAUUUAUAUACCAUCGAAAAGCACCAGAAACUCAAUAGGAGUCAUUUCAGUAAAACCUAGAGUAAGGCCCCUCUUCAGAAAUGUCACGUUUCUUUGCCACCGGCUCUGACAGUGAGUCAGAGGAAUCCUCGUCUGGGGAAGAGAUCGCACCCAAGGCGCCCGGAACCACCUUCAAGCCGGCUUUGCUGCUUAGUGAUGAUGAGGAGGACACCAAAAGGGUUGUGCGCAGUGCAAAGGAUAAAAGGUUUGAGGAGUUGACAAAUCUUAUCAAGACAAUUCGCAAUGCCAUGAAAAUCCGUGACAUGUCCAAAUGUCUGGAGGAGUUUGAGCAGUUAUGUCGAGCAUUCACAAAAAGCAAGAAUAUAGUGGACAAAGAGGGAGUACCCUCUUUCUACAUCCGCCUCCUGGCCGACCUAGAGGACUACCUUAAUCAGCUUUGGGAAGACAAAGAGGGCAAAAAGAAAAUGAACAAAAAUAAUGCAAAAGCCUUAAGUACACUGCGUCAAAAGAUUCGCAAAUAUAACAGGGAUUAUGAAACUGAAAUAGCUGCUUACAAGGAGAACCCCCAAGAAUCUGCUGAUGAAGAGGAGGAAAAGGAAGCUGCAGAUUCUGGUGACUCUUCUGGAAGCGAAUCGGAUGAACCCAAGGAAAGACUGACCGCCCAGAGCUUCCUAAAGAAAAAACCUGAUGGAAUUCCAGAUGCCAGCAAGUUCCUCAAAGGGGCCAAAGGAUCAGGGGAUGAUGAGUCGUCAAGCGAUGAAGAUGACGAAGAUGAUGAAGACUGGAGUUCAGACUCUGUCGGCAGUGGCAGUGAGAGCUCAGAUGAAGGGGAGGGAAAGAGCUCUUCAUUAGCUGUUGCCUUCCUCAAGAAGACUCAGGAGAUUGACAAGGGUGCAGAAAAGAAAGUUGGAAAAAAGAAGAAGAUUAAGAAGAAAGAGCGUAUUGAGGAGGAGCCAGAGGAGGGGGAAGGAGAAGAGGUGGAGGGAGGCUGGGAGAAAGUAAAGGGUGGUGUCCCUCUCGUCAAGGAAAAACCUAAAAUGUUUGCCAAGGGAACUGAAAUCAACACAGCUGUUGUGGUUAAGAAAUUGAAUGAGAUUUUGCAGGCACGAGGCAAAAAGGGUACAGACAGGGCUGCUCAAAUUGAAUUACUACAUGCUCUGGCAGGCAUUGCAGCAGAGAAUAACUUGGGUCAGGGAAUUCUGGUUAAAAUCAAGUUCAACAUCAUUGCUUCUCUGUAUGAUUACAAUCCCAACUUGGCAGCCUUCAUGAAGCCUGACAUGUGGAAGAAAUGCUUGGAGUGUAUUGAUGAGCUCCUGGACAUUCUGUUUGAAAACAACAACAUCUUUAUUGGAGAGAAUAUAGCCGAAGACAGUGAGAACCUGGCUAUCUCAGACCAGCCUUUUAGGGUGAGAGGCUGCAUCUUGACUCUUGUGGAAAGGAUGGAUGAAGAGUUUACUAAAAUCAUGCAAAACACAGACCCACACUCCCAAGAGUAUGUGGAUAAUCUGAAGGAUGAGGGUCGGGUUUGUGGCAUCAUUGACCGCCUCCUCACGUACUUGGAAAACAAGGGGAGCACUGAGGAGAUUUGCCGUGUGUACCUGCGGAGGAUCAUGCACACAUACUACAAGUUUGACUACAAGGCUCACAGACGCAGCCUUGGCCUCCAGGGAGAGACCAAGUCUGAACAGGAUCAGGAGGAGAGUGAAGGCGAGGAUAGCGCUGUGAUCAUGGACCGUCUCUGCAAAUUCAUUUACGCAAAGGAUCGCACUGACCGUAUUCGUACGUGUGCUAUUUUGUGUCACAUCUACCACCAUGCGCUGCAUUCCCGCUGGUACCAGGCUCGAGACCUGAUGCUCAUGAGCCACCUGCAGGACAACAUCCAACAUGCAGACCCCCCUGUGCAGAUCCUCUACAACAGAACUAUGGUCCAACUGGGAAUAUGCGCUUUCCGUCAAGGCAUGAUUAAAGAUGCCCACAAUGCUUUGCUGGACAUCCAGUCAUCGGGCCGUGCCAAAGAACUCCUAGGUCAGGGACUGCUCAUGAGAAACAUGCAGGAGAGGAACGCCGAGCAGGAGAAAAUCGAAAAGAGAAGACAAGUUCCUUUCCACAUGCACAUUAACCUGGAGCUGCUGGAGUGUGUGUACCUGGUGUCUGCUAUGCUCCUGGAGAUCCCGUACAUGGCCGCACAUGAAUUUGAUGCCCGCAGAAGAAUGAUCAGCAAGCAGUUCCACCAUCAGCUCAGAGUGGGAGAGAGACAGCCCUUGCUCGGACCCCCUGAGAGCAUGAGGGAGCAUGUGGUGGCUGCCAGUAAAGCCAUGAAGAUGGGAGACUGGAGGACCUGUCACUCUUUCAUUAUCAAUGAGAAGAUGAACAGCAAGGUGUGGGACCUGUUUCCUGAGACGCAGAGAGUCAGAGAAAUGCUUGUCAGGAAAAUCCAGGAGGAGUCACUGAGGACCUACUUGUUCACAUACAGCAGCGUGUAUGACUCCAUUAGCAUGGAGACACUGUCAGACAUGUUUGAGCUAGAGAUCUCCACAGUGCACAGCAUCAUCAGUAAAAUGAUCAUCAAUGAGGAGUUGAUGGCAUCUUUGGACCAGCCCACUCAGACCGUGGUGAUGCACCGCACAGAGCCCACGUCUCUGCAGAACAUGGCGCUGCAGCUCGCCGAAAAAUUGGGCAGUCUUGUGGAAAACAACGAGCGCGUCUUUGACCUGAAACAAGGCGUUUACGGCGGCUACUUCAACAGAGAUCAGAAAGGAGGCUACCAACAAAAACAAGGCUAUCAGAGAGAUCAAAAAGGAUCUUACCAGCAGAAACAGGGCGGCUAUCAAAGAGGAGGGUACAGAAAUCAAAACCAGAGCAAUUACUGAGCUUUGACUGGAUUUCAUUGCUGUUCAUUCCAACAACAUUUGACCUUCUGAUUUGCACACUUCAUUUUAGUCAACCACAAAAUACUAUGAAGUGUAUUUUAGGUGAAGUGCUUUAAAGUUGAAAAAGGAUCCUUGCCAAGUGUGUUACUUCGAACCGUCAGUUAAUAAGAAUAAUUUCAUUAAAACUAAUAAACAAUUUACAACUUU